AUGACGUCUCAUCGACUAGUCAACAGUCGAGCUCCCCUCGAGUCGUCGGGUGGAAGAAGUGCUGCUCUCUGUUCUCUAGCCGGGACGCCAGCUCUGGCUCGCAAUCGCGCAUCUCUCGCGCGAAGCAGUAACAAUGACAAUCAGCCUGGGAGAGACGCCCAGCGAAAGGCCCAUGGGCUUCUGCUUCCCACAACUGGCGAUCAUGCGAAGCUUGUAAUUUCCGACUGGGGGCUUGUAAUGCUCCGCGCCCUCCACCAAGAGCCUGACUCGCGCGCUGAGAAACCUGUGGAUAUCAAAUCCUGCGGCGGCCGCUGA